AUGCCGCCAAAAACCGCCGACGAGGAGCUCGCCGAGCUGGAGAUGUUGGCUGAGGCUCCCGUACCCCCGCCGAAGCAUACCAAAGGGUCUCGCGCGCCACGACAGAAGAUGCAGAAGCAGGAAGAUGAUGACGCACUAAAGGACCUCGAGGAAUUGGAGCAGCUUGGAAAGUCUCAACCAGCAGCCCCACGCCAAGUCAGUCGACCAAACACACCCAAAGUGUCAUCGUCGUCGACUACAUCUAGCACCCGCCGCGCCCCAGGCGUGGCCACUCCCUCUUCUGCUGGCUCGGCACGCACGAGCGAGGAUAACAGGCCUGCGCCACCGAGAAAGUCAGGCGAGAGUACCCGUUCCUUCCACCAGAGCUUUGCGCCAACCGAAGAGGAGCCUGUCAAACCUCGUGCACCCGAGCCUCGUGAGGAGAAGCAGUCAGGGGGUUCUUGGUGGGGAGGCGGAUGGGGAGGACUCGUAUCCACAGCCACUGCAGCUGCUGAGACUGCAAGGAAGCAAGCAGAGGCCGCUUACCAGGAAAUCCAGAAGAACCAAGAGGCUCAACGAUGGGCAGAGCAAGUACGAGGGAACGUAGGGGCCCUUCGCGGCAUUGGCGGCGAACUUGGCAAGCGUGCCGUACCUACUUUCACCAACCUGCUGAAUACCCUCGCGCCGCCCAUCUCACAACAUGAACGCCUCCAGAUCCAUAUCACACACGACCUUAUCGGAUACCCCUCGCUCGACCCCCUCAUUUACCAGACCUUUGCCCAAGUCAUGGCACAAGUAGAAGGGGGCGACCUCAUGGUCAUUCAGCGAGGCUCAGAGUCAACACAGCGCGGAUCGUUGGAAGGCUACCGAGGCGGUGGUGGAGGCUGGAACGACGGACCAUGGUGGCGACACACAGACAAGCGCGAUCUUUCAGUAGUCAAAGGGCUUGUAGAGGGCACCAAGCUCGCAAGAGUCAGCGCCGAGUCAUACGCGAAUGAAUUCUUCGGUGCAAGGGGAGGUGUAGAAGAAGCUGCCAAACAAGCUACAGAAGUCCUAAGUGAGACAAACCCCGUACGGAGUAGCGACAUUUUCAUCGCAAUUCAGGCCGUCAGCUAUCCCGCACAAGACGACCUCUUCGCCACAUCGUCGUCGGAAGAGAAGUCGGAAGUUCAAGAGCCAAAGGACGACGAGGAAGAGGUAGCGUUUGCAAUUUAUCUCCAUGAUCCAAUUCAUGGCAUCUCGUUCAAGUCUGUCAGCCAGUCUUUCCCGUCAAAAUGGGUGGACUGGCUAGAUGCGCCUGCCAACACCGAGGCGGCGGGCGAGGAACAGCAACUACCACAAGAGAUCUAUGAGAUUAUCGAGAGCGGCGGCGUGGAUCCAAGAGAAUGGGUUAGUGAGUGGAUGGAAGAGACAAUCAACUUGAGUGUAGGCAUCGUUGCACAGCGCUAUGUUGCAAGGCGGAUGGGAGUUGGAGAGGGAGGACUAGGCAGAGGAAAGGCUAGGGAAGCAGUCGUCGAUGCUGGAGGCGGCGAAGCUGCACGAGCGGGUAUCAUUUGA